GGGAAGCAGGAAGCGGAGGGAGGGCCAGAGAACCAGGAGACUAGACGGAGCUGAAUCUAAAGAACUGCGUUUCCGAAAGCAGCCAGCAGCCAGAAGCUAGCCAUGGGCAAGGGAGCAGGCACCUUCGAAAGGCUCCUCGAUAAAGCCACCAGCCAACUGCUGCUGGAAACAGACUGGGAGUCUAUCCUGCAGAUCUGUGACCUCAUUCGUCAGGGUGACACCCAGGCGAAGUAUGCUAUUGCAGCCGUCAAGAAGAAGCUGAAUGAUAAGAACCCUCACGUAGCUCUGUACGCCCUGGAGGUGCUGGAGUCUGUGGUGAAAAACUGUGGCCAGACGAUCCAUGAUGAGGUGGCGAGUAAGCAGACGAUGGAGGAGCUGAAGGAACUGCUCAAGAAACAGACUGAACCCAACGUGAGGAACAAGAUCCUGUAUCUGAUUCAGGCCUGGGCCCACGCCUUCCGCAAUGAGCCCAAGUACAAGGUUGUACAGGAUACCUACCAGAUCAUGAAGGUGGAAGGCCAUGUGUUUCCUGAGUUUAAGGAAAGCGAUGCGAUGUUUGCAGCUGAGAGGGCUCCUGACUGGGUGGAUGCGGAGGAGUGUCAUCGCUGCAGGGUUCAGUUUGGGGUCGUGACCAGAAAGCAUCACUGCCGAGCCUGUGGCCAGAUCUUCUGUGGGAAGUGUUCCUCCAAGUACUCCACCAUCCCCAAGUUCGGGAUUGAGAAGGAAGUGCGCGUGUGCGAGCCCUGCUUCGAGCUCCUUAACAAAAAAGUGGAAGGCAAAGCGUCGGGUACCUCUGAGCUGCCCCCCGAGUACCUGACCAGCCCGCUGUCUCAGCAGUCUCAGGUAGUGGUCGAAGGAUCACUGCCCCCAAAGCGAGAUGAGGCUGCUCUUCAGGAGGAGGAAGAGCUGCAGCUGGCCAUCGCCCUGUCCCAGUCGGAGGCUGAGGAGAAGGAGAGGAUGAGGCAGAAGACCACAUAUUCAGUGUACCCCAAAGCAGAGCCGACCCCAGUGACUUCUUCUGCGCCCCCUGUCAGCACGCUGUAUUCCUCUCCAGUGAACUCCUCUGCACCCACAGCUGAGGAGAUCGACCCAGAGCUGGCUCGCUACCUGAACAGGAACUACUGGGAGAAGAAACAGGAAGAGGUCCGAAAAAGCCCCACCCCCUCUGCUCCCGUGCCAUUGACUGAGCCCCUGCCAAUCAGCCAGCCUGUUGAGGUGCACCCACCCCCUCAGCCAAUCGGUGUUGUAGAGCAGCAGUACCAGAACGGGGAGUCGGAGGAGAACCACGAGCAGUUCCUCAAGGCCCUGCAGAAUGCCGUCACCACCUUCCUGAACCGCAUGAAGAGCAACCAUAUGCGCGGCCGCAGCAUCACCAACGACAGCUCUGUGCUGUCGCUCUUCCAGUCCAUAAACAACAUGCACCCCCAGCUGCUGGAGCUGCUCAACCAGCUGGACGAGAAGCGCUUGUACUACGAGGGGCUGCAGGACAAGCUGGCCCAGGUCCGAGAUGCCCGGGCGGCCCUGAACGCGCUACGUGACGAGCACCGCGAGAAGUUGCGCCGCGCUGCCGAGGAGGCUGAGCGCCAGCGGCAGAUCCAGCUGGCACAGAAGCUGGAGAUCAUGAGGCAGAAAAAGCAGGAGUACCUGGAGAUGCAGAGGCAGUUGGCCAUCCAGCGCCUGCAGGAGCAGGAGAAGGAGAGACAGAUGCGCCUGGAGCAUCAGAAACAAACCAUCCAGAUGCGUGCGCAGAUGCCAGCCUUCUCCCUGCCCUACGCCCAGCUGCAGUCUCUGCCCCCAGUGGCAGGGGGGGUGGUGUAUCAGCCAUCCGGGCCCCCCAGUUACCCUGGCACCUUCAGCCCCUCGGGCUCAGUGGAGGGUUCCCCCAUGCACACUGUCUACAUGAACCAGCCUGGCCAGAGUGGCACAGCGCCGUAUCCUGCCAUGCCAGUUUCUGCCACAGACCCCAGCAUGGUGAAUGCCUACCUGUACCAAGCCCAAGCAGCGGGCACCUCUGGGCAGACUGCAGCCCCUGGCCAAGCGGUGCCCACCACUAGCCCUGCCUACUCCACCUACCAGCCCACCCCCACACAGGGCUACCAGAAUGUGGUUUCCCAGUCUCAGAGCAUUCCUCCAAUAUCCCAGGGUCCUCAAAGCACUGGCAUUGGGUACAUGGGCUCUCAGCCUGUACCCAUGGGCUACCAACCCUACAACAUGCAGAACAUGAUGUCAGCUCUUCCUGGCCAGGACCCCAGUCUUUCUGCCCUGCCUCCACAGCAGCCCUACAUGCCUGGGCAGCAGCCCAUGUACCAACAGAUGGCUCCCCCUGGUGGCCCGCAGCAGCAGGUGCAGCAGCAGCCCCAGCAGCCGCCGCCCCAGCUGGCACAGGGCAGCGCAGAGGCACAGCUCAUCUCCUUCGACUGACCAGCCCGCGGUGCUGUUGGGGGUCGGCGGCCAAACAACACUAUGCUAACUGUCUACGGUCUCUGCCAGUCUGAGUGUAUCAGCUUCUUGUCUUGCGCCAGUGCUCCCGGAAGCAUUUGUUUUACUUUAGGAAAGCAUGCCAGUUCGGAAGCAGGAGGAGGGGAGGAAGUGUAGCACAUGAGCCGACUCCUCGUUCCCCUUGAUCCCACUUCGUGCCCACCAGAAAGGGGAAGAGAGCUUGCGCUAAACUGAUUCACAAACACGAUUGCAUGCCUCUUUAAUUUGAGUUUGUCUUAAUUAUUAGUAGCAUGUAGCCCACAGUGUUUUCCUGAAAAACACUGCCUUCAUAUUAACUGGCUUCUCUUCUCGCCUACAACAUCUCCAGGAACUGAAGGAGUUUGGGGUGAUUAAUUUCCAUCUAGUUUUCUAGUUUAGUGCAGGUAGGGAGCUUAAAGAUGUCUUCAUCCACUUGUAGAGACCAUGGUGCAAGUCUUUUUUGUUUUCCCCACACUGUUAGUAAAUAUUAGCAAAUUUUCCAACACUUCUAUUAAAGUAUAAAAAGACAUUUUAAUUUUUUCUUUGCCUACAUUUAUUUUUGCCAGAUUUGCACCUUUUAACUUGUACACUUUUUUGAGUAAAUUAGGGAGUGGGUGCCCACGCCCCCGUCUUAUUAUUAUAAUAUUUUCAGCCUUCUCAAAAGAUUAAAAGAAACCCGUGUUGCUGGAGAUGUACAUCCCUGCUGGAUUUACAUGGAUCUUCAGAUCAUUUGUAUUUAAGUGCAGGUUUUGACUACAUCUCAUAACACCAGUUAAUUUACCCCAGGCUUCUAUAAAACAAGAACACUGCAGUCUCCACUGGUCGCUCGUUCCCAGCCCCAAAAUAAAGCAUUAAAAUGAAGCUCUGGACAGCUGCACAAGGCUCCUUCACUGACCCACCAUGGGCCCUCUGCCUGUCGACCUCCCCUAAUCUCUGUUGGACAGUAGCUGACGUGCUUUCGAGGUUUUGUGUAUUUUCUGUCAUUAAUACUUAGUUUCCUUAUGAAAUAAAUUACAAAAUUAUUUAACUAGCAAUUGUUACAAGGUGUAAAAAUACAAUAAGCAACAGUUAAUAAAAGCAAGACGGUAACCUUACUCGAUCUAAUAUUGUUCUGUGGAGAAUUGCAUGUCUUGUAUUGGCUUUGCAAACUGCAGGAGAGAGAGUGCAGCUGUUCAUGAAAGAUUUUUCUAAUGUGAGUAGAGAUCGGUUUUGUAUAAAAAGUUAACACCGAGAGAGAGAAGGAGGAAGGGAGAGCUGGGUGCUAAAGAAAUUGCAUCAGGAAAGUAUGUAACGCUAGGAUCUGAGGUGUGUGGCCUCCUCAAGCCUGGUGAGUCACUCAGUCUGCCUCUGCUGCAGUAACUGCAGCUCAAGCAGGACACGUGACCACAGAGUCACCACUGAUGCAACUUCGUUCCAGCCUGUCCUUGACGUUGGUGAGCUCCAGGGUGGAUGUGGAGACUGAGGGUCAUCGUGACCAAGCGAAUAAGAGCAGAGACUCCAAGCAGGGGCCAUGAGGCUGGUGCACAGCUGACCCUAAUGCCUCACAUGUGCAGUCGGACAUUUUCAGAAACACGAUGGAAUGAGCUGUUCCUCGUCUGUAACAGGAUCUGUACUCAGCAUGUAUGUAUUAGGCGGAAUGUCCGGUGAUCUUCUGUAACCCUUCCAUGGCAUUUGUGAUUCUUUUCCAUCUUGCUGAUUUUUCUGACCUUACAAAGUAAUUUUAAAAUUAUAUUUAAUAAACUGUCCUGUUCUGUUUUU